AAAACUUUUCAUAAAUUUAUUGAUUUCUUAAAUUUAGUUUGAAAUAUGUUUUAAAAAUAUUUAGCAAAAGGUGGUAUGCUGCAUCAAACUGAAGACUGGAAAACCCAAAUAAACUUCUGAAUUCAAGGUAUGUUUUCAGAUUCAAUAAAUACUGUUGAUCAAGGCAAGCAAUAUAAAAAAGAAGUUAUUGACCUACGACAAAAAGUUAAUAAAUUAGAAUUUAACCUAGCAGAACAAUCAACAACACAUAAUAGAGAGAUUGGAAUAUUACAAGAAAAUAUUGCUAAGUUAAAUGCAUCAUUUGAAAAAAAUGAAGUUAUUCGUCAAAAUUUGGAGUAUGAGCUUGCACUCAGUAACCAAAAGUUAUGUCAAGCAAAUCGUUUAUCAAAAAGGAAAGAGGAAGAAUUAGAAGCUGCAAUUGUAGAAUUAAAAGAACUUAAUAAGAAAAGUUAUGAAAUAAUUCAAGAAAAAGAAAAGCAGUUUGAUAGUUUUACUGCAUCCUUUAAAAAUGAAGGCAAAAUAUUUUUGGAACAAAUACAAAUAAAAGAGGCAAUUAUUUUAGAGUUGAAAAAAGAAAAUGAAAUUUUAUAUGAACAUAAAGUAAAUGGAGAUAUUGUAAUCAAAAAACAACGUCAAGAACAACAGGAGGAAUGCAAAUUGCUACAAAAACAGCUAAAUACUGCAAAUGUAUGCAUAGAAAAGCUGGAGACUGAAAAUAGUAUUAAUAAAAAUCAAAUUAAAGAAACAUCAAAGACAAUUGAAAGUUUAAACAAACAAGUCAAAAAUCUUCAAAGCGAUAUUGAACAAGAACAUUCUACCCAAUCCAAACUAAGAAGUGAAAUUGAAAGUCUACAGAUAACUGUCAAAGAGCUGAAUAGUCUUUUGUCUACAGAAUCCUCACGAUACAAAAGUUGCAUGAAAAAAUUAGACGAUUUCACUGAAAAAUAUAGAGAAUUGCAUCACAAAAAUUCUGAAGAUAUGCUCACAUACAAUGACUUAAAGGUUGCUCACUUAAAACUUAGUGAUUAUUAUAAACAGAGUGAAGAAACGAUACGAAAAUUAAAAGAACAAUUUCAAUUGGACAAAGAUAAAAUUCUUGAGCAACUAGCAAAGAAGAAAAAAGAACUAUCAGAUGUUAAUGAAGAAGUCUUAAUUUAUAAAAAAAAUCUUGAUGAAUGUCAAAAAGAUCUUGCAGAGUGUAAAAAAAAGUUGAUUGAGGCAAUUGAAACUAAAGAUACAAGUGAAAUGAAAAACAAGUUGGUUUUAGAAGAUCUAAAAAAUGUUAUUCAUUUGUACAAAAUUUCUGACUCAAAGCGUUUACCAGCUGAAGAUAUAAAUGGACUGAUUACUAGUGUUAAAGACCUUUUCAAAGAAUACAAAUUGACCAUCACAGCAUUAGAGGAUAAAAUCAAGUUAGAUUCGGUCCUACUAAAAAAUCUUUCAGCUGAUUACAAUGCACAAAAAGAAGCAAGUGAUACAACCAUAAAGGAGAAAGAAAAGGAAUUAAAUGAUAAUAAGAACACUGUUCUACGGCUGAAAAUGUUAUGCACAGAAUUAGAAGAGAAAAUUAAACAACACAAAGCUUAUGAAACAAAGGAGAUGUUUCAAAAGGGAAUUGAAGAAAAAUAUAAAAGUGUUAUCUUAGAGUUUGAAAAUGAGCUUGUUUUAAAAAAUGAAAUUAUUGCACAACAAAAAAUUGCUCUAAAACACUUGGAAAAUCUUAACACCCAAGUUCUCACUGAGACUGAAAAAGCUCUGUUAAAUGGAAAAGAAAAAUGGCUUAGAGAAAAAGAUAUUUUAAUUAAAAAGUUUAAUGAUGAAAAAAAGGAUCAUGAUGUUGUGUUGCAAGAAUCGCUUCUGAAUCAAAAAGAAAAUUUGGAUAAAACAAAAGAACUUCUUCAGCAACUUGUUGAAGACAAUGAGCUUCUUAGAAUUUCUCUCAUGGUUAUAACUAGCGGGUUAUGGGCAUACUAUGUAAACAAUCAACAUUUAUUGACAGAAAAGGUUGUGCAAACAGCUAUGGUCAAGUAUUUAUUGCAAUUUAAAGAUAACAUUGCAUCUUUAAAUGCAACAUUGAAUGCAGAGAUGUGUUUAGAUAGUAAACUUGUGCAAGGUUUUACAGGAAUAUUUAAAUUUAGAAUAAUUGUAAUAGCUGUAUUGGUUAUAAAUAGAUUUUUAUUCCAAAAACAGUCUUCUACAAAGUAUUCAUAUAAAGGAAAGAUAUUUCGUUGUGAAAGCAAUAUAAUGUUAUGGUUAAACAACAAAAAUUUUGAAUGUGUGGCUAAACUUGCUGCUCUAUCUAUUUUUAAAAAAAUACACCAAUGUAAUUCAGACUUAAAUAGCUCAGAUCUUGCAGAUUUAGUAGGUUCAUGUUUGUGUGAAUAUUGUGAGAAUGUACAGAAACAAUACCCUAUGAGUGUUGGAACAUCAUCACUUAUAGAAUUACUGGGAAAUGGUCUGAAGAGAUUGCUUAGAAUAAGAAAAAGUUUGUCAAAUAGCAAUGAUUUGGUUUCUUCACUAAAUUUGAUGAUUCUUCAUUUUACUGAAAGACUUCAUACAACCGAAAUAGAGCGAAUAUCUUUAGUUAAAAAAAAUCAGCAUAUAUUAGGCUAUAAUAAAAAAAUAGAAAAAUCUCUGUUUAAAGAGAGAACACAUGCUGUUGCUUUACAAAAUCAAAAAAAUAUUUUAAGAGACAAGAUAAACAGGCUUGAGGCUCAAUUAAAAAGUUCAAUAAAUGUAGAAAAGAAUGUUUCUCAAAUGCUUAGUGAAGCGUUGAAAAAAAAAGAACAGCUAGAUUCUAUUUUGCAAGAACAAACACAAAAAAUUAAAGAAAUGACAGAAAAAAUCGAUAUACACUCAAAGGGUUAUGGUAAGAAUGAUGCUCACAUAACACAAAUCAUGGAAGAUUUGCAGAUGUGUCAGGUAAAAACAAAGCAAGCUGAAGAUCAAGUUUGUAAAAUGGAGGAAAUAAUUAAUGUAAUUGCUCAGGAAAAAAAUGAUAUUUCUCAAUCACUAACCGUGAAAAGUUCAGAUGUUGAAAAAUUAUUAAGGGAGCGCAAUUAUUUAGUCUUUUAUCUACAGAAUGUUGUGACAACGUUUCAUGAGAACAAUAUUAAUGUUCUUCAAAAAAUACCCAAUAUUAAUGACAUGGAAAUAACACUGCCAUUAUUGCCACCAGAAGUAUUUGCUGUUUUAAAUGAAUCUCCUGAGCUUCAAAUUGUUCAGAAAACUGUAGGCAUGCUUCUAUCAAUUCAGAAGAGCUAUUUUUUUGAAAUUUCAAAAUUACGUGCAGAUAAACAAUCAAUGCGCUCAAAAAUUGUUAUGCUUGAAAAGGAUAUUGUUACCCAUAGAAACCAUGUUAGUUUGUUAAAAAAGCAGUUAUCUACUUUUUCCCGACAGGAUACUAAUACAAAUAUACAAUUUGAACUAGUUUCAAAGCAGCAGAUGCAUGAAGAUGAAAUAUUUAUUCCACUCAGGGCUCAACAUGACUCUUAAUUCUAGAAUCAUUGUGGUAUUCUAUUUCUAAACAUGUGAAGAUGUUAAAAUCUUUUGGAACUAAAAAAACGAAAAAUUAUAUUUAUAGAUUUUAUCUUGUAUAUAUUUAAGUUAUAGAUUUCAUAUAUUUUGUAAACAUAUUUUGUCAAUAAAGUGUUC